AUGCCUAAAUCAAAGGAACUUGUUUCUUCAAGCUCAUCUGGCAGUGAUUCUGAUAGUGAAGUCGACAAAAAGUUGAAGAGGAAAAAGCAAGUUGCUCCAGAAAAACCUGUGAAGAAGCAAAAAACUGGUGAAACUUCAAGAGCCUUAUCGUCCUCUAAGCAGAGCAGCAGCAGCAGAGAUGAUAAUAUGUUUCAGAUUGGGAAAAUGAGGUAUGUCAGUGUUCGGGACUUUAAAGGGAAAGUCCUAAUUGAUAUUAGAGAAUAUUGGAUGGAUCAGGAAGGUGAAAUGAAACCAGGAAGAAAAGGUAUUUCUCUAAAUCCCGAGCAGUGGAGUCAGCUGAAGGAACAGAUUUCGGACAUUGAUGACGCAGUAAGGAAACUGUAACAUCAGAGCUGUAUCCAACCGUACUGCUCUAGUCGUUUUAAUCUGUCUGUUUACAUUGGCUUUUGUUUUCUAACCGUUGUUUUCCAAGCUAUUGUAUAUUUGGAUUGCAGAACAGUUUGUAAGAUGAAUACUUUUUUUUUAAUGUGCGUUAUUAAAAAUGUUCUGAGUGAAGCUGAUUUGUCAACUUUAUUAAGGAGAAUUGCUUGUGCCCACUAACCUAGUGUAAAAUAAAGGCAAGUAAUACAAUCUUAA